CCCAAAGCAAAAUAAAAAAGUUUGACAACCCCUGCCCCGUAAAUUACGAUCUGUCCCUAAUGUAAAAUGAUUGAACAAGCUCCACUGGGAAACGAAAGCUAUUACUAUUCUCCCCAUGGCGUCCAGCAGCGUAAAUGACCCAAGUCAAGGGAGCAGCUACCGGGAGGACAUCAGCUGCUCUGAGAGUAACUCUGAGAGCAGUGCUACAGAAGAGGAAUCAGACAGUGAUGCAGCAGGACCCAGGCAGAGGCACACGUCAUCUACCUCAGCCCAGUGUCAGCAGGAUCAGGAAGAGCCUUGCCGGUACUACAACAGUGGUUGCUGCCGGGAUGGGAAAAGAUGCCACUACCGACACGUCUGCAAAUAUGCCCUGAGAGGCAACCGUCGCUAUGGAGCCAAGUGUCUCCUCAAGCACCCCAGCUCCUCCUCUGACAGGAAUGGAGGUGGUGGGAGGAGGGACAGGAGGAGGUCUUCAUCUGGAGGUAGAGGAGGAGGUGGGAGAGAAAGGAAGUGGUCAUCUGGAGAGAGAGGAGGAGGUGGGAGAGAAAGGAGGUGGUCUUCAUCUGGAGGGAGAGGAGGAGGUGGGAGAGAAAGGAGGUGGUCUUCAUCUGGAGGGAGAGGAGGAGGUGGGAGAGAAAGGAGGAGGUCCUCAUCUGGAGGGAGAGGAGGAGGUGGGAGAGAAAGGAGGAGGUCCUCAUCUGGAGGGAGAGGAGGAGGUGGGAGAGAAAGGAGGAGGUCUUCAUCUGGAGGGAGAGGAGGAGACCGGGCCAGGGAAAGGUCUUCAUCUAGAGAGGCUCAGCGUGUCUUUAGCGGGCCCUACAAAUGGCAGUUGGAAGAUGGACAUAGCUGGAAGGACAUAGCCAACGAUCACAUUUUGGAGGCACAGUACUCCCAACCCAACAAUAAGGGGAUCAAUAUCUACAACACCCCCUUCGGAGCAGUGUGUAUUGAUUUCAAGGCGAUGAGAGUCCGCGGUAAGAAGAAUCUGAGGGUGAGGCGUUUGGAUGGUCAGCAGACAGACUGGAUCUGGUUCUACUCAACUAGCAAAGGCUGGACCAAAUAUGGAGAAAAGGAUUCCAAGGGAAACCCAGGCCCCAUCCAGAGUUCUGAGAUCGAGAAGAAAUUCCAAGGCAACCAUAACGGUUCUCUUACGUUCAACAUCGGCUCCGAUAUCUUCGAGAUCCAAUUCAGACAAAUGAGACAGGUGGGCGGCAAGAGGAAGAGGAAAGUUGUCCGUCGUCCAAAUUACCAACCACCUCAAAGCGGAAAUCUAAUUGGUCGAGUGACGUCUGCUUUCCAGAGAGUGAAGAUGUCCCCAGUGGGCCAGAGUGAAUCUCCAGAGUGGCAGUUUGGAGGGAAAAGUGGGCGCUGGCACACUUUCAAAGACAGUGCUGACAUUGAACACCAGUACCAGCAGGACUUCAAUGGAUCCAUGUCCUACACUGUCAACGGACAGGCCUACAAGCUGGACUUCUCAGCCAUGAAGCAAACCAACCAGUCUACAAGGGUGAUGCGCAACAUCAGGCGUGUCAAGAGAGCAUGAUGAACAACGCAACACUCCAACAUCAUCAUUGCCUGUUUAUUUUAGGGGAAGUAGAAUUGUUGGGUUGCCAUUGUUUACAUACAAGAGCCAUUAGCUCACUAACGAAAUACAUGCCUAUUGCAGAAAAGGACUACAGAUAUUGGAUAUACUCCUGUAUACACUGUGUAUGAAACAACAUACACAAUAACAAACUGUUUACCUUUUUCUUUGUGUUUUUUUUUUGUCCUGCAAAAGUAAAGUGCAGUAUGUGCAAAUUUGGUAAAAAAGAUUUGAUCUGUUGCAAUGGCCUGGUGUAAUAUGUGAUAAUAAGGCAUUUAGUUUCCUGACAAGAACAACCCAGUCAUUCAGAAUAUAUCAUGAAGUACCAGAAAUUGCUGUACGUCUGGACAGAAAAAGACUUUGAAGUGAGAUUUUUCUGUUAAUUAUUUUAAGCAGAUAUUGCACUUUGCCUUUGUAGGGUAUACAUAUAUGAGGAAUGCUGUAGCAGACUGCCAUGAUCAAGUAACUGGGACAUUUAGUUAGAUAACAUUUGUGUGCAUGAUGUUGAGAUGUAGGUCAUACCUUUUAUCUCAGGUGUUGUUCGAAAAGACGGGAAUAUUCAAAGCCUUCGUUAAAUAAGUCUUAAUAUUUUAAUUUAAUCAUUUAUUUGAAUCAAGGGUCAUAGCCAAUGAUGUAUAUACACAUCAUUGGUCAUCUAGCUUGUGUUCAUUUCUAACAUGGCUGUUCAGAAUAAACAGCCCACUGACUGCCUUGUACUUUACCCCUAGAUGAGUUACAAUUUUAUUGCUGCAAUAAAUUCUCAGAAGAA